AAGCGAUAAGAUCGUGAUUGCAUGUACGUGCUUUUGAUACUAAAAACCUGUGGCUGGUUCAACAAAUACGAUAAGUCAUAAAAUAGAUAUUUAACAAGAUAUCCGAAAAAAAUUUAACAUGAUAUUUUUAAAACUAUUAUUAAGUAGUAUAAUAUACAUUGCCGCAAUGGCAAUAGCGAAUCCUACCGACGAAAAAUGGGAAGUCGUACGGCGUAGUGCAUAUAAUUACAAUUCGUCAAACUACGUCAUACUACCGUUACAUUAUGAGAUGCAGUUAAAAUUAUACAUCGAUUCUCUCAUCGGCGAAUGUACAAUUAUUAUUUAUAUUAGUUCUGCAACACAACACAUAAGUUAUUAUGCACCAUCUUUGACGAGAAAAAUACAUCUCGAAUUAAAGCGAAUUAAUAAUGGAGUGAUAUAUAAGAUAAAAUCUAUACACAAUGAAGACAAACUUACCGUGCUCAAUUUCGAGAAUAUGUUAUUACCUGGAAUUUACACUUUGUAUAUGGAAUAUAACAUUCGAAAUAAUGAAGAUUUUUUCGAAUCUAUGUACACAAAUGAAGAAGGAUAUAAAGAGUGGUUAAUCGCAACAGGUUUCCAGCCGAUAACACGGCAAAUAUUUCCGUCUUGGGACGAGCCAGAAUUAAGAACUACUUUUAAUAUUUCCAUUAUGCAUCAUCGAAAAUAUACAGCUCUGUCAAAUAUGCCGAUACGAGUAAUUAAACAUGCGAAUGAUGAUAUGAUGUGGACAUAUUUUCACCAAACCUGUUUGAUGUCUAUGGAUAAUGUAGCAUUUGUGGUGUCCAGUCUUCAAAGAAACUUAAACUUUCUUGAGAACCUCAACGUAUGGGGCAGACCACAAUUAAUAUCACACAUGAUAUUCGCACAAUACGUUGUUGAAAAUAUCACUAUGUACUUAGAAAAUUAUUGGAAUAAUUCGAAGAGAGUUCUUGAGAGGACUCUUCUUUCUGCUGAAAGGAAAGUGGAUCAUAUUGCAAUCCUGGAUUUUCAUUACGAAGUCAAGCAGACUUUGGGAUUUGUUUUUUAUAAAGAAUCAAAUAUCAUCUACAAUGAAGCAUUAGAUCCUGUCGCGCGCAAAAUGAUAAUUGCGCCUUUAAUAGCACGUGAAAUGGCACAAAAAUAUAUCGGCGAUCUGUUGAGUCCAACUUAUUGGUUUCAUCUAUGGUUAAACGAAGGAUUUACUAUGUUUCUUCAAGCAUAUAUUAUCGAGAAGGCUAUGCCAAAAUUCCGUAUGAUGGAUUUGUUCAUAGUUCAGGUUCAACAUGAAUUACUCGAUGUAAAUUCAUACCUUGUUAUAAAUCCUGUUAUAGAAUAUAACAGCUAUCCUGAAAAUUCUUUAUUUUCUUUUUUUUCCCAUGCCAAAGGAUCCAUUAUAUGGCGCAUGUUAGAACAAACUUUGCCGCCUGAUGUAUUUUCAAUAGGUAUGGACAGGUAUUUGAACGAUCAAUUCUCUAAUCCUAAAGCAACAACUUCCGAUCAUUUAUGGACUGCUAUACAAACUAUCAUAAAAACAAUAUAUACUGAGUAUCAGUUUGAGGUAAAAAGAAUGGUAGAUUCAUGGGCUAUGCAGAGAUAUUUUCCUGUGUUAGAGGUGAUGCGAAAUUAUUCUUGCAAUGUUGUAAAAGUAUCGGUACAAUUUUACGACGAGUUGGAUGAGAAACAAUAUUACAUACCUUUGACAUUUACUACGGAGACGAGUCUCGAUUUUAACGCAACGUGGUCAAGUAUUUGGUUAACACCAUCAUAUUCCAAAUAUGAAUUUGUUUUUGAAAAAGAUCAAUGGAUCAUUUUCAACAUACAGCAAACUGGAUAUUAUCGCGUCAAUUAUGAUACCGAUAAUUGGCGAAGAAUUGCGCGAUACUUGAAUUCAGAAGAAUAUGGGAAUAUACAUGUUCUCAAUCGAGCGCAAAUCAUCGAUGACGCGUUUCAUUUUGCGGUAAAGAAGAAACUUGAUUUUUCCAUAUUUUGGCAACUCGCUAAAUAUUUGGUAAAAGAAACAGAUUAUAUCGCCUGGUACCCUAUGCUCAAAGUUUUGGAAUUUAUAUCGAAUAUUUUCGCAUUCUUAGAUAAACACGAGGUGCUAAGUCCACUAGAAUUUAUAAUGUGGCAUAUGUACUCCAAAGCUAAUAUUCUGAUGUCCGACGACGAUUAUACUAAAUGUUUAAAGCAAGAACUCGCAAAGUGGAGCUGUAUUAUCAAUAGUACCUUAUGCAAAGUAAUGACUAAUAAUCAAUUGCAACGGCAUUUGACAAAUUCUAAACAAAACAAACUUUCGCCUGUAUGGAAGAAGUGGAUAUACUGUAAUGGUUUGAAAAUAGCAGAUUUUGAUACACGGAAUAAACUUUUUGAUAAACUCUUUUAUGAAACCUAUAAGGAGAAAAAUUUUGAUCAUACCAUUUUGGAAUGCUUGACUUAUUCUGAAAGGCCUGAAAUCAUAAUCCACUAUUUAGAGGAAAUAUUACCAAAAGUUGCUCCAAUAUAUGAGUAUAAACUACGUGUUUUUGAUUCUGAACAAUUAGAACGAGCAAGAGAACGUACUGAUGCUUUAAUUGCUAAUAUUUUUCUUUCUACUCUCGCGAUGAAUACUAAGCAUAUGCUUAAAGACAUGUUAAAAAAUUUCAGAAAACUAAAACCCAGGCGAGCCAAUGAUAUUGCAGCAUUAACCGUUAUAAUUAACAAUGUAUAUUCUAAAGAGCAGUUUGAGGAGAUACACAAAUUUGUAAAAGACGAAUUUGUAGAGACAGAAUUAUCAAUUCUCGCUGUUGAACGCAAGAUAGAAACACGAUCGUUGGAGAUCGACAGACAAACAAAAUAUUUUCAAUUUUUAUUCAGUCCAUUGAAAAACUAAAGAUCUGCAACGUACCGAACUGCUUAGAAAUCAAGAACACAGUAUCAAAAAUGUUUGAGAUAGUAUGUUAUAAACUUAUACAUGAUUAUUUACUACAUAUAAAGAUAUUAAUAAUUUUUAAUUGUUUUGAAUUAUAUUGUAAA